GUCAAUCCACAAUCAAAGAAUGCCGUCACGCUUCCCGGGUAUUUACAUGCGUGAAUAUCAUUGUCGUCGUCGGGACACAAUAUGGAUUGUCGCGGGUCUGCUGUGAUAUAGGAAGAUAACUAAGGGAUAAGUACAGGAAGGAGGUACAUAAAUGAGUAUCUCUCCCUUUUCUUUCAAACCAAUCCAUACAUUCUCGAAUCUAUCAAUUUAUCUCUGUUCAUCAUGCGCUCUGUACCGCUCCUCGCUGGCUUCUUCGCUCUAACCCACGCCAAAAUCAUUUUGACCCUGUACAGUCAAGAUAAUUACCAGGGAGACAGGGGCAUCUUCUCACCAAGUGAUGGUUCGUGUCUUGAGUUGCCAGACCAAUGGAAAGCGAGGGCCGUCUCUCUUACAUUGAAUGAAGGAUACUACUGUCUUCUUUACACAUAUGAAUCUGGCUGUGAUGGAAACGAACAGCUGGUCCUGCACAAUAUGACGCAGGUGGAGGAGCCGUUUCUCAGCGUGCGAUGUGGACAGGUGGACUAAAGGAAGUAGAUAGAGAUAUGAGA